AUGAAACACCAGUGCGUUCCCACUGGGAAGAGGGCAUCUACUUGUUUGGAGUAUAGUAAAGUAUUCACUCAGUUAUCCAGCCUGCACAUGCAUCAACCAGUUCACACUGGGGAGAGGCCAUUUACAUGCUCUGGUUGUGGAAAAGAAUUCACUCAGUCAUCUGCCCUCGUAAGUCACCAGCACAUCCACACAGGGGAGAGGCCAUUCAAAUGCUCCAAGUGUGGGAAGAGGUUCAGAGAUUCAUCUGGCCUACAGGUACACCAGCGAGGCCAUACUGUGGAGAAGGCAUUCAUAUGUUCUGAGUGUGGGAAAGGAUUCAUUCAGUCAUCCAGUCUGUUGAAGUAUAAGAAAGUUCACAAAUGGUCAUAA